AUGAAGAAAUUUAUAUUUAUAUUUAUUUUCUUUGGUUUGGCUGGUACAGUUUUAUCUUUACCAUCCUAUUUCACUUUCAAACCAAGUACUUACUACUGUCCAUAUGAAAGUCCAAGUUGUCCAAAAUACCUUUUGGAUGAAGUCAAUUCGAAAACCAAUAUCAACAUUGAGUUGCGUGACUUUGAUUUCGAACCACAAGUCAAUAAGAGUAUUGUUCUCAGUGGUGGUAGAAACAACGUUGUUGUCAAGGGAUUCUUUAUGACUGUUCAAGGACCGGUUCGUUUCUUCCGUGUUCAAGAGGCAUACAGAUUGGUACCUCUCGAUAAUCCACCACCCAAAGACGUAAAAUUCUAUCAGGUUCGUUCCUCAGGACAAAGUGCUUUCGUCGUCAAUGAAAACAGUUCAUCCGCUAUCAGCUCCUACGAUACCAGUGUCUAUAAUAGUAUUUUCUUGUUGGAUAAAGAUUGGUUGGAUUACAAAAUCAAAUCUGAACAAGCAAUUGUCUCUGGUUCAAUCUCCGAUGGCAAAUUGGUUGUGGCCGCUGUGUAUGUCAACAUCAAAGAUCCAGCUACCCAAUGUCCAAGUCUACCGUUGUUCAAAUGUCAAGAGGGUUAUGUAGUAACCUAUACCCGUCAGCCAGACAGAUGUUACGAUGCUGAUGGCUGCACUAAAACUGGUGGUUGCCCCUUGGUCGUUCCGCAAUGCUCAAAGAACUACAGAAGAGUUAGUAUCCCAUCAAAGCCACACGGAUGCUAUAAAUAUAAAUGUGAACCUGAUUUCUUGCCAUUAACAUCUUAUUCAAGAUCAUAA